UAUUUGGUCGUACUCAAACAUCGUUUUAAGAUUGGUUUUACUAUUGACAGUUACAGCUGAUUUUGGGGAUGUAUAUCGAUUUUAUCUACUUAAAUAGAAGUAAUCUGAUUCAUUCGUUUCAGUCUUUGAAUUGUUUCAUCAAACUUUUCGCCGCCAGCUCCUGAUAUCAGGGCAUAGAAACUACAAUCGGUCUCCUGAAUUAGCCUAGUGAUGGCCCACAUGCGCAUUACGUUCGAACUCUUUUCUCCUCUUUCAAUGGCUAAACUAGCUGGCUAUGUUACUAACUAUGCUAGUUUUCGUGCUUAUUGUCAAACUUCAUAAAUACUGCACUCUCAACUUCAAACGCCAUUGUUAGUUAAACAAUAAUGUAACCAAUCAAUUCGCCGCAAAUAAACUUAAAAUAAGUAUUGUUUUGUUGAAUAGUCAUGACUUGUUCGAGGUAUCUAUUGCAAGACAACGGUGGCGAAGGACAUCAUUGCGUCUUGGCCGUAGGGUUAGCGUUAGGACGUUUCUGACUGGUCUUUGAACUGUGAGCCUCUCCCCGCUUCGUUCGAUGGGAUAUGUAGUGAUUUUGCUAACGCAGCCAGAUAUGUACAGUCUUGUAUUCUUAUUUUUUCCCCAACUGACUAUCGUACUUGUUGAUUAAAAUUGACUUUAUUAAUUAUGAGCAGUCCAGGAAUGACACGAGAAAAUAGCAACUCUACAGAUCGCAGUGACUACAAUGAAUGGCUAAAUUACUUCCGGACACUAAAGCUACUCCUCACCACUCUAUUGGCUAUAAUGAUCCCGCGUCCUCCCGCCUGCCUUCCGCCUUUGCAGACAUGUAUUUCCAUUGUUAGAACGGUUAGUCGCCUAUCUUAUAUCAUAGAUCAUCUUUGGCUACGUUCAUUCUCCUAACCUGCUAUGUAAACAAACCAUCAGUCCCGACAAACCAUCAGUAUCAGAUAUUAAUCAAAUGUUAUUGGUCACAUACCCAUAUUUAUUUUAGAAUACAAUAGAACUCUCUCAUUGGUAAUUUGAUUUGAUGUGUUCACCUGACCUUGCAACUAAUUUACCAUCAUUUUGUUUUGCGAUUAUAAUUGGUCCCUGAACCCAUAGGCUAUUUCUGAAAUAUAUAAAAGCCUCCUUCAUUUAUCUCUGUAAACUUCUAAAAAUAGCCGAAACAAUAAAGAAACCCUCAUCAGCUUCCACUGGCCACUAAGAGUUGCUAAAUUACCUUUUCACUUCAGUUUGUCUCAACUCAUGCACCUUGGUCGGAGAGGUAGGUAUGUGAACGAUUUGAUUUAGGUAGCCUUUCGCGCUGAAAUUCAUACAGUAUCCAGGCCAUCGAUCCACAAUGGCCCAUAUUUUGGUAUUUUGUUAAGUGGCCGAUGGCCGCUGUAGGAGUGACUAUGCAAAUCAAGCUUGUGAAAAUAAGUUUGCGUUGAAUUGAGGGCUGUAACUUGAUUGGGCGGCAUUGUUCGUUCAAACUGGAGGUGCCAAAGUAUCCGCUACAUUUGUUUCCACCAUGUGCGCUUUGAUGUAGGAUGAGACAGUGAUAGUUCUGUUGGAUAAGAAUUUAAACUUUUGCUGAAAUUCCACCAGAUAGUGAACGCAGUAGCGGAGAUAAGAUUAUGCAGGCCCCUGAUGAUUUUCAAGAAAAGCACAAUGAGCCAAUCAUUAGUUGUAUGUUGGUUGGGGAUGGUGCUGUGGGGAAAACCAGCAUGAUUAUAAGUUACAUCUCAAAUGGAUACCCAAACGAAUACCGUCAGACGGCCUUUGACGUCUUCACCGGAUUGGUUAGAAUAGAUGGGAUUCCAGUACAAAUCCAGUUGAUGGACACUGCAGGACAGGAGGAGUUUGAUAAUUUUCGCUCCAUGUGUUACAAUCAAAUAGAUGUCUUCAUCCUUUGCUUCAGUGUUGUCAACCCAGUGUCUUUCCACAACAUCACUUCAAAAUGGAUCCCACAGAUCCGCACCUUCAAUUCUGCUUCACCCAUCAUUUUAGUGGGGACCCAGUCUGACCUCCGGCAUGAUGUUAGCAUCCUUAUCCAUCUGGACCAGCUGAGGGUCAAGCCAGUGGUGAACUCCCAGGCCAGGCGUCUGGCAGAGAAGAUCAGAGCCCACGACUAUGUGGAGUGUUCCGCACUGACCCAGAAGAACCUCAAAGAAGCAUUUGACUCUGCUAUCUUUGCUGCCAUCAAGCACAAGGCCUGUGAGAAAGCAAAGAAGCUCAAACUAUUUGAUCGUGCAAAGACUUUUUCUAGUGGGGGGUGGAAGAAGUUAUUCUGCUUCAUGUGAUCCAAUGGCAUCACUACCUCAAUACAGGACACAAAACCCUCUGCUGUUGAAUAUUAGGGGGUGGCAGUAGCAGUUGGAUGGAUUACUAAGAGUUAGUUAUUCUGAACAAAAGUUGUCGGAUAUGUUGUGCUUAUUGAAGCUCAAAAGCCAAAAGUUCCCACAGCAACCUGUGAUAGCCUUCCACCAUUGUAUGCACUGUGGAAAGUCUUUCUUAUUCACAGGAUUCAGACAGCAUUGUAUUGCAGUUGGUGUCACGGCCUAUUUGCGACCUGACUAUCACUUUUCUAGCGUAUACACUGCAUAGUCAAGUAUUUUGUUUGUAGGCUUUAUAGAAUGUGAAUAUCUUCUAGCCAUAUAUGCUUCUUGUGGAAGCCACAUGUUUCAAACAAUGUUUGCUUUGUCGUUUUAUGUCACGUUUACUUGUCUUGUUACACAUUUCACUUUAAGUUUUAACUUUUUUGUUUAUUUUAAGAAAUUAGGAGUUUGUAAAUGUGAAAAUAUAAAAUCAAGAAUGGGUUGGCAGGUAGCCUAGUGGUUAGAGCGUUGGGCCAGU